AGGAGAAGCGCAGCCCCGAGCAGAAACACCAUUGGCCCUCCCCGUCCCAAAAGAAAACAAACCCGAGUGCAAUUUUGUUGUCCAAGUCCUGCAACUGCAGGUGAUUCUAGAGCUCCAAUACUUCCGACGCUUCGCGACCGCGUCCCUACUGCAAAGCACCCCAAGCAGCCCGAGGCCCUCGACUCGGAUUUCCGACGUAGAACCCCUCGAUUUUUCCCAUCCGUCUCAGAAAUCCCGUCGAAAGGAUAAAAGUCGAGUUUCGAUAAGGAUAUCGCCCCGAGAACGGCCCUUGUUUACAAUAUGUGACUCUUCCACCGGACGGGGGUGUGUCGUUAUAUCGAUUUUCUCCAGCUUCGCACUCACCCCUAACCUCCAGUUGUGCUUUCAGUUUGCCCCCUUGUGCUUUUUUCCCACCCCUAGUCGAGCCGUCGCGUUCGGAAUUAUGCGUGAAAGGGCGGCCAAGGCCGUGACUGGAGGACUCGUACAAUAAAUUGGGUCUCUCACUUGGAAUUUGAUCUCUUUUAACUACCAAAGGCAGUGUACUCUAUAAAAGGUCAAAAUGGAUCUGCCUUUCCAAGACCUGCCCAUCAUACAUAGAGACACGUCCACUAUGGUCGGAAAAUCAUUUGGAUCAGAGAGCGGCUGGUCCUCACCAGGUCAGGGCUCACUUCCUAUCACGCAGGAUCCGCAAGACCUGGCGCCGCCAGUGGGACCGCCUGGAGGGCCUCCAGGAGGGGCAGCGCCUCCUGGGGCGGUUGGUGUGCCCCCGGGAGCCAUCGCACUCAUUCAGCCUCAACCACCACAUCAACCUCCUGAUUUACCAAUGUUCACAUGCCCGAGAAGGCCGAACCUCGGACGUGAAGGCCGGGCGAUUGUCCUAAGGGCGAACCACUUCCAAAUAACGAUGCCGAGGGGGUUCGUCCAUCACUAUGAAAUAUCGAUACAACCAGACAAAUGCCCGAGGAAGGUCAACAGAGAAAUUAUUGAAACUAUGGUUCACGCUUAUUCGAAGAUCUUCGGGAACUUGAAACCAGUUUUUGACGGGAGGAGCAACCUAUACACAAGGGACCCAAUAUCUAUAGGGAAUGAAAGAAUGGAAUUGGAGGUAAAUUUAGGUAAAUAUGCCACUGGACCUGAUCAAGUGGAACCUAUGUUCCGCUACCUGAAAUCAACUUUCCAAGCUUUACAACUUGUAGUUGUAGUACUUCCAGGAAAGACCCCAGUUUAUGCUGAGGUUAAGAGAGUAGGUGAUACAGUAUUAGGAAUGGCUACACAGUGUGUCCAAGCGAAAAAUGUUAACAAGACAUCGCCUCAGACUCUGUCGAACCUCUGCCUCAAGAUCAACGUGAAACUUGGCGGCAUCAACAGUAUUCUCGUUCCGAGCAUAAGACCCAAGGUUUUCAACGAACCCGUCAUCUUCCUCGGCGCCGAUGUCACCCACCCUCCGGCGGGUGACAACAAGAAGCCGUCGAUUGCCGCUGUGGUUGGCUCAAUGGACGCCCAUCCGAGCAGGUAUGCUGCUACUGUUCGCGUUCAACAACACAGACAAGAAAUCAUACAGGAAUUGUCUUCGAUGGUCAGGGAGUUGCUGAUUAUGUUUUAUAAGAGUACUGGAGGGUAUAAACCUCAUAGGAUUAUUUUAUAUAGAGAUGGUGUUUCAGAAGGGCAAUUUUUACAUGUACUUCAACAUGAACUUACUGCCAUUCGGGAAGCCUGUAUUAAAUUAGAAGGAGAUUACAAGCCUGGAAUAACUUUUAUUGUCGUACAAAAACGACAUCACACAAGAUUGUUUUGUGCCGACAAGAAAGAACAAAGUGGGAAAUCAGGAAACAUUCCUGCAGGUACAACAGUCGACGUUGGCAUUACACAUCCGACUGAGUUUGACUUUUACCUCUGCAGCCAUCAAGGAAUUCAGGGGACGAGUCGACCGUCACAUUAUCACGUCCUGUGGGAUGACAACCACUUCGAUUCGGAUGAGCUGCAGUGUCUCACUUACCAGCUCUGCCAUACUUACGUUAGGUGUACGCGGUCUGUCUCCAUACCCGCUCCAGCGUACUAUGCCCAUCUUGUCGCUUUCAGAGCCAGAUAUCACCUCGUUGAGAAAGAACACGACAGUGGUGAAGGAUCUCAUCAGUCAGGCUGUAGUGAGGACAGGACUCCUGGAGCGAUGGCCAGGGCCAUCACAGUACAUGCCGAUACAAAGAAAGUCAUGUAUUUUGCAUAAGAAAAAAAAAACACCAAAGACCACCUGCCACUAUACAUGGGAAAUAACCAACUUUAAUAUUACUUCAUAAGUAUAUAUAUAUUAAGUAUAUAUUCUACAUAAAAAUAUAUAUAAUAUAUAAUAUGAUAAUAAUUAUAUUACAUAAUAAUAUUAUAUAUAUUAUAUAUAAUUUUAUAUACAUAUAAAUCAGAGAGAAAAAGGGAAAAAAAAUGAGAGAAGAAGAAAUAUGAAACUGCAUUAGUUCUGCCAAGAGUUAAAAUGGGGUGAAAAAAGUCCAAUUUUAUUAUUUACAAAACAUUGUUGUAUAUAUAAUAAGUAAAUUUAACUUCCGUAUAUUUACAUUUUUACUUAUUUGACUACUUUUUUUAAGUUAUUACUACAGUACUUUUUUUUUCUUUUCUUUUUUAACGCCCACUAAAUAAAUGUCUAAAUCUAUUUUGUAUUUAUUACACAGCUUUAAAAUAAAAUGUUGCUCAUUUCAGUCGUACUUAAGUUGUUAAAAUGAGCUCUUUAAAGGUUGUUAUUAUUUUAAAAUAUAUUUUAUUAGUUGUAAGGUUUGGUAAAAAGGCCGGUUUUUCUUUUUCUCUUAAUUGCAGCUCUCAACGUCUGAAAAUCUCGCUCAGUGUUUUUUUGAAGUACGUUUUUAGUUUUUAUCGACCCCCCACUCAAACUUUAAUAGUUCAGUAUAAUUUUUUUUAUACUAUAUAUAUUGUAACUUUUUUUUUCUAUAAUAUGCUAUUUAGACAUUUAUUCAAUUAGUUUUAGUCAUUGCCAGCCUCUUAAGUGUGUGACAUUUAGUGUAAGUUGAACUAUGGGGUUUACAAUUGUGCUCACUAAAUUGGGGACACUUUCCAAACGUAUGACAGACUAGGAAAUCUGCUCAUCACUUAUUUGGCACAUUAAUUUGUACAAUGUUACCUUAGAUAAAUUCAAAAAUGUCUGUCAAUUAAGGAAAAAAAUCUUGCCCAUAGGUUUGAGGUUCAUAAUAAAUGUUUUUAUCAAUUCCCUUUAACCCUUAAAAGAAUUAUUUUGUAACCUUUUUGCUAUCAAUUAAUCAAUUGUUUUAAUAUUAUAUAAAAAAAACUUGUGUAUAGGUUAAAAAAAUGAUUGAAUUUGAAUGUAUCACAAACAGAUUUUUAAUGUACUGUAAAUUUUUAUAGGUGUGUUCAAAAUAUUGUGAUGACAGUAGAAACAAAUUAAAUCAUAUUCACAGUAAAAAUUAUGUUUUAUAAAAAAAAUUAUCUUUAAAAAAAAUCAAGUUUUCUCCGUGCUAUCAGCGUAUUACAUUAAUUUAUAAUGAAAACUCAAAUAAACUAGCACAAAAUUGUAUUUAAUAGAUAAUGCACUCCAAAUAGACUUAUAAGUUGUGAAGAAAAGUUCAAUUUUAGGGUUAAGUUUUUAUCAUUGGAUGUGGGUGCGUUUUGUAGAGUUCGGCGUGGGAAUUUCUCAACUGUGAUGAUAACAUUCCCAAUUUGACAGUGCAAAGGACCGGGACCAUGUAGAAUUUUCCGGAAAACGGCCUAAAGUACAUAUUGCAAUAACAUUUUCAAAUAUCCCUUACGCCAUGGUGAACAUUUCUCGAAAUCCCGUGUUAAUAAAUUGUUACCAGUUUGAACAGUACCAAUAACCUGUGAUCAAAUUGUUCUUAACUCAAGCCAGAUCAAAAUUCAUCAUUGAAUGUGAAAUCAGAAAUGAUCGUGUUUUGAUUAAUUUAGUCGACAAUUUAUUCAAUUCGAAGGGGUUAUGCUGAGGUAGAUUUUGAAUUUUUUACGCUUUGCCAAUUGCAGCAGUACAAAACCAAUUUUUAUAUUUUUGUAAAAUCGCCUAACAGAUGCUGAAUAAGUGGGUUUCAUAUUAUUUUAUUUAAAUUAUAUAUUGUCAAGCUCUCUACAGUAAUUUUAAUAUAAUGUAAUUGCUAUCUGUUUUAUCAUUAGUCUCAACAAAUUUCUCAAAAUAUAAAUCCAACAAAUUUUUUUUUUACAUUAUAGACUGAAUUAUUAGUUUUUUUCUUAGUUGUUAGAAAACAGUGCUUAUUAAAGUUUUUCUAAUGCUUUAUUUAAAUACGGAUUUCAUAGAAUUUAAUCUGUUUAGUUACUAGUCACGUUAUUUAAAGGGAAAUUUGUUAUAAUUUUGUGCAUUGUGUGUUAUAACAAUAGUUUUUAUUUUGUGCUGGUAGCAUCUGCAUCUUUAAUUUAUUUCUACUGUUAUUCCAAUGGAGAUCGUUAUAUUAAGCUUUUGAUGAUUGAAUUAUUUUUAUAACGAUAAAAGUUGUAAAGAAAUCGCUAAAUUAUUUUGGUGUCCGUUGUGUAUGGAUUUUUGACAUAAAUACACCAUCCCCUGGUUUUCAAAUCAAAUAACAAUCAAAUUCAUGCCUUGUCAAAAUUGAAAGCGGCAUUGCCCUUUUUAUUAUCCAAUUUCCAUCUUCACUGUGAUCUAUUAUAUAAUAUUGCAAUGGGCUUUUAUUAAUCUAAUAAAGAACAUAUUAAGAGUACUAAAAAUUGAAUAGUAAUUGUAAGUAUAAUAAGUGUGCCAGGAAUUACAAAUGUCUAACAUUCCUUGAAAAUAUAGUAGAAAUGAGUAAGUUGUAUUUUAUUCAAUGUGAGAUCCAGUUUUACUUGUUGGAAUACCAUUAAAAAAAUUAUUUAAAAAAAUACAAAUUAAAUUAUGGACUGUCUUUUUGGGGAUACACCAAAUAUACUGUAGUAUCGCAUUUAAAAAAUGCAUAUAGUUUUAAGAAUUAAAUUAAUAUGUUGUACUUUUGAGAAAAAAAUAUAUAUCUUCUUUUAUAUAAAAAAAAUUAUCUUAAGAAGUGGAUAAGUAGUAUUAAUGUGGUUCAUGAGCUAAUUAGUAAGAAUAUAUUUAAAAAAAAAAAUAGUUGACUUAAUGUCACUAGUGUUCAGGAGAGCAAUCUUAAUUUAUUGUAUAGGGUAUUACCUAAUUUAAUUUAACUUUUUUAAAUUACUAUCAUCAUUUCUAAAUAUCAUAAAAAAAGAGAAAAAAACCAGUUCAAUAUAAGACAACUGGGGAAAGAAAGUACCUGGGAAAUUAAUCAAUUAGUCUUCUAAGCUGUUUAUAAUAUUCCAUAUUAUUCCAAGAAAUUUAAAGAAAUAUAAAAAUAAAGUUUUAGUUUUUCCUUGUGCCUUCAUAUUAUUAUUAUUAUUGCGAGACAAGUGAAAUUGCAGUUAUUGUUGUGAGAAUUGUUGUUUAGCAUUACCGUUCGUUCAAUUAAAAGCAAUUGAAAUGUUCUUAUUCAGCAAUGUUUAGUGUAAGUACUAGGUGUACAUUAAUAUCAUUAAUAAAAUACGUUAUGUAUGUUA